CCUUCCAACCCCCUUCCAUUAUUAUCGUUCUUCAAUUCUGCUGGGCUUCCACCCAAUCCCCAAACCCGGAGGUAGAGAAGACCUCGCGAUGCUGUCCCCGCCGGAGGUCCUCCGGCUCCUACUCGCGAUAGUUCUGGUCACCGCCGGCAAUGCGGCGGCGGCGGAGCUGCCAGAGUUCCGGGAGGCCCCGGCUUUCCGUAACGGCCGGGGGUGCAGCGGCGCCGCCGUCUCCCCCACCAUCCACAUCGCCAUGACCCUUGACGCGACCUACCUCCGGGGAUCCCUCGCCGGCGUGCACUCCGUCCUCCAGCACGCUUCCUGCCCGGAGAAUGUCGUCUUUCACUUCCUCGCUACCGCCCCCCGCCGCCUCCGACGCGCCGUCGUCGCCGCCUUCCCGGGCCUCCCUUUCCGCAUCUACCGCUUCGACGCCGGCCUCGUCCGCGGCAAGAUCUCGACCUCCGUUCGCCGCGCCCUCGACCAGCCCCUCAACUACGCCCGCAUCUACCUCGCCGACGUCCUCCCCCGCGCCGUCCGCCGCGUCAUCUACUUCGACUCCGACCUCAUCGUCGUCGACGACGUUGCCCGCCUCUGGGCCAUCGACCUCGGUCCCCAUGUCCUCGGCGCCCCAGAGUACCGCCACGCCAACUUCACCUCCUACUUCACCGACCGCUUCUGGUCCGACCCCUCGUACCCCCUCACCUUCUCCGCCCGCCGCCGCCCGCCGUGCUACUUCAACACCGGCGUCAUGGUCAUGGAUCUCGAGCGGUGGCGCGCCGGCGACUACACCAAGAAGCUCGAGUCCUGGAUGGAGAUCCAGAAGAAGGAAGCCCGGAUCUACGAGCUGGGUUCGCUGCCGCCGUUCCUGCUGGUGUUCGCCGGCGAGGUCAAGGGGGUGGAGCACCGGUGGAACCAGCACGGUCUCGGCGGCGACAACGUGGAGGGGCUGUGCCGAGACCUCCAUCCGGGGCCUGUGAGCCUCCUCCACUGGAGCGGCAAGGGAAAGCCGUGGCUCCGCCUUGACGCCGGCCGGCCGUGCGCCCUCGACAGCCUCUGGGCCCCGUACGACCUCCUCCGCCGCAAGGGCCGCGACCUCCUCGCCGAAGGUUGACCGGCCGGCGACGGCUGCCGCUGAUCUCUCGCUGCUUUCCUGGGAUCACCAAUCUUCUCUUUCUUCUUUUCUUUUCAUCUCUACUACGGCGAGGAAAUGGAUGGAUCGGCCAAUGACCUGGCGAGACGGCGAAUCGGAAAGCGAUGAAAAAGUAUCGAUCGGGCAGACAGCUGGCAGGCAAAAGCGACGGCAGGUAUUCGAUCGGGGGCGACGCGGGUCUGCGUCGGUGGAGCCGCGUCCGGAUUUCUUUAGAAAUAUAAAAAAUUGGAUGGUUUCCUUUAAGAACAGGAUUUAUAUGAUUUUGGAUCAACGUAUAAUGAUGCGAGGAUGAUGUACAUUUAGGCCUCGUGGAUUAAAAGCUGGAGAGGUGGUAAUUUAUGCGGAAAUAGACUUUGUGAGAGGAAUAUAUAGUUAUAGGCAGGGUGGGAGAAAACUAUGUGACAAAAAAUUUGUUAUUUUAUUCUUCCACAGGACAGCUGGUGGAAAAGAUGGGAGUGUUUUGUUGUUCUCAAAUGGAUCAACUCUGUUUCUUUAUUUAGAUAUGAAUUUAUUAAUUCAGGUGCUAACUUUGAUGAGACAGAAAUGAAUUCUUUUUGGUUUU